CCGCUCGCCGGCCGGCCGGUGUCGCGCCGCACGCACGCCAGUUCUUGUUUGAACCGUGUCUAUUAAGGUCGUCCGCAGCAAGCUUGCGCGCAAAGUUUACUGCCGCGAAAGGGUUUUCCUUUGUCCCGAUCUUCGAGGACCUUGCCUUCGUAUUAUGUUUCCGCGCGAGAACCGCGAUCAGCCUCGGCUUAUUGAGGAGCCGAACCUACUUGAAAGUACGGUAUCGAACCGAAAUUCUCGUGGUUCCCCAAAAUUUUGUGACGGAUACCCCGCGAAACGUGUGCGUCGAGCGAUUUGAAAAUUUUGAGUGAACUUGUGACAGAAAGAAGUGUGAACUACGGAAUAAUAUUAAAUACCUCUGUUGUAUAUUUUUUUAAAGAGGCUAAUUGAACUCUAGGCAUCAUGUCAACCGGCAAACGCUUAGCGAAGCGCUCUAUCAUAGGGACCCGCGUUGCGGCUCUCAGUGACGAUGGACUUUAUUACUCGGGUAUGAUCCAGGCUGUGAAAACGCCGGCAGCAUUUCCGGAAAACAACAAUUGUAUCAACUUGACUCCAAACACCCGUUACACGGUGCGGUUUGAUGGGGGCAAAAUGAUUCGCGAGUACCGCGAUGCGGAGCUCAUAGGACCCGGAUUUCGUGGAUUGGCCGGAGUUCGUUUGAAACCCGGUCAGCGUGUAUUCCUCACGUACAACGGUCGCGAGGUCCGAGCCGACGUGUUAGAGCACGAUCACGACACCGACGAGCUUCGAGUUCAAAUUCACGUACCAGCCGCUGAAGUGCCCAUAGAACUAAGAAAAAGAUUGGAAGAGAUAAGAUUACUAGAGUCUCGGAAGUCAGCAAGGCUUGCUGACGUGGACACAGAUUUUGCAAGACUUGCAGACAUGGCCGGCGACAGGCGCCGAGCCUCUGCCAUCAUCGAAGUGCCUGCUCAUCACAUGCAAGGGUCGCGUAAACGAGGUCCCAGUAGUUCCUGCGAUUUAGGCUUUGGAGAGAGGGAUGACCAGAUGAAUGAAUGCAAUGCGGCCCUCGUUCUGAUGUCACUCAGCUGCUCACCAAACUCACCUCGACCCAGUGCGUGGGGUGGAAGGUCAUCAGUAUCACCCGGAGCAAGCAGUAGCUCUGGUUCAUCAUGGAGGUCCGGCACCCCUUCCCCUCCACCAGUGUCUUCAUCGUUCAGUGAUGAGGGCAUCGCAAUGGAUUAUGAGGACAUUCAUCCACGCAAAAAAAGGAUCAAUAGCGUCGUAUUCGAAUGCACUUGGAGAGGUUGCGGCUAUAUCACCAACACGUGUUCUUCCAUCGAAGCGCAUAUCAGACAGACCCAUUUAGGGCCAAAGAAAGAAGGCGAAAGUGAUCAUGAGGAAGAGUUUUACUACAAUGAAGUAGCUGCACCAGCACCGCCACCCACUCUCUCCCAUAGAGACAUGUGCCGGCCGCCGCACGAAGAUCCCGACUACCAGCGACAGCUCGUCGGAUCCUACAGGCAAGGACUAUUGUCAACGAUGCAGAACGGAUCAGCGAGACCCAUUAGCAUUCCUGUAACGCAUUCCUGGUCAAGCUCACACUCACCGAAACACUUAAAGAUCUCCGGAGUCAGCAGCUCACCAGGCAGCCCUGGCCGACGUCCUCGCUCGGACAACAAAAAGUGCCGCAAGGUUUACGGUAUGGACCAACGUGACCUCUGGUGUACUCAAUGCAAAUGGAAGAAAGCGUGUACACGCUUUGGCGAUUAGCGCAUGCGCCGAUCGCUCGCCCCUACGCGUGCUAUGAUGACAAACUAACGUUUGUGUUGUGAACGGUUUCAAACGUUUCAUUACAAAAUAAGCAACAUUCACUGCCUCGGAGUCGUAUGAAGAUAUUAAGUAUUUCUCAUGGAUGAGACUAUUCCGUGUGCGGGACGUGAUGAUAUAGACUAAGCGAAGAAAAUAUAUUGAGUUUUUUAUUUAAUAUAAACUUAUACGGAGUAAAUAUAUUGUAAUGUUUAAGGGAGACAUAUUUUUUCUCGAAGAAUGUGACUCGUAUUUUGACUGCAAAAUAAAUGGACAUUGCCCACGUAUUUUUGUAGCGCGGUAGAUAUGCCUUUACUGCGACACGCAUACGAAAACUGUGUGUUGCUCUCGGUCGGAGACUGUGAAUAUUAGGUUUAAGAAUAGAGUUAAGGUUAGACUGAAAUAAUGCAUUGCAGUGUGAAAACUAUUGUUAUAACAAAAUAUUAAUUCAAAAGUUCGUCUCAUAUUUUAAUUUAAAAAUUAUCUAUUUCUACUACCACUGAUCAACUAAAAAUAUAUGUUGGACCAAAACACGAAAUAGAUUCAAUGAAAAAGUAUUUGUCUAAUGAUAAAACAAGUUACAAUAACAAAUUUCAAUACAUAUUCUUAUACCCAUUUUUUCAACUCAUUUGAAAAUGAUAGUAUUUUGUAAUAAAUAUGUAAAUUAAAACGAAUCACUUAAACACCACUUCAGAUGCGAAGCUUUUUCAUUGUUCAAAAAUAAUAUAUAAAAAUAAAAAGAUCUUGAAAACUUGGAAAUCGUGAGCUUGAGGCAAUAUUUAACACAACAUAAUCCAAAAUAAGCAAUAAUAAUUUAUCGAGGGUUUCGUAAGUGAGUUGUAAAAUAUAACAGUGUAUAUGAAGUCAGUGAAUCCGUCCACGUCUUCAAAAUUGCUUUUGUUCAGUACCGUCAGCGUAUAGUCAGAGAGUAACAAUGUUUUCACGCUGCCUUUGCUCUUACUGCGCAGCCAUGCGCCAAUACUAAGUCGACUCGGUUAAAAAGCAUUCCAGUCGCAAUAAACUUCAGUGAUGGUUAUCACUAAUUAUAUGUUUUGACUGAAUUAAUAUAUAAUAAUGAAUAAAAACAUAUAGUAAUAUGACUUAGCGCCGUAAGUUAUCUCAGAUUCGACUAAAAGACUACACAAAUUUAGAGUUAAAUUUUUAUGAACAUAUCUAUAUCGUAUACAUUGUUGGUCCUAUCCGAACAAGGAGACAAUACUCAGUGUUGCCUGAGCUGCGCGUGCGCCGCUCAUCUGCGCUGUCGCUCAUUGCCGGUGUUACGAUCUGUGAGAGCAGGUUAUGUAAAGCUACUACAUACCUAUGUGGACAGUCUAGGCUAUGACGAUUUGGAAAGUGUGUAAACGAUGGAGUGACUUCGUCACAUGAAGAUCAAGAUUGUAAUUGUCAACGCAACUAAAGAGAAACAGAACAAGAAGUUGUGAUACCUAUACAAUGUUGUAUUCUAAGUUAAAUUAUAAAUACCAACUAAAAGCAAUUACGCCCUGUAACGUGUACGCAUAUUUUAUAAAAAAAAUAUGAAAAGUGGCUAAAUCGCUGCUCUAGAGCGUGAUCGAAAAAAAUAUAUCAGACUUCAGAUCACUCGGAGUUCCAUCUCGAAGACAAAAAAUGUGAUAAAAUAAGGAAACAAGACAAGAUAAGUAAGAAAAGGCGAUUGCGAGAUGCAAUAUUAUUUGUUAAGUAUUAUUAUAUGAUUAUAUUUGUAAAUAGAUAAUUAUAUUGAGAAUUAUAUUUAAUAUAUUCUAUAAAUAAUAAGCAAUUUUCGGAUAUGUACAUAAAUUAAAGUGAUAUUGCUGUUUACUGUUACUUAAUGUGAUCGUGAAACUGAAAAUUUUGUACGAAAUAGUUAUCACUUCAUAUUGUUCUACAACAUUACAGAUCAUAAUUACUAUAAGUAUCUAUUUGUAUCGUAACGUAAACAUAAAAGCGCGGUAUUUCGAAGGCCCAUAGCAAAUAUAACCUUAAAUUCAAAUGGUGUGAAAUCUGUACCUAUAAGGACAUAAUUGCGAGAAUAGAUUCGUUUGUGCCAAUUAUCAUUAUUAGUUCAAAUGUUCAUUGUGAAGGAUUUAUUAUAUCAAUUAGGUUUCUUUAAACGCUAUUUUUCAUAAUUUUGCAGACUUCGAUCAAAGUAUUUUCUCUCGACCUUAUAUAAUAUAGACUAUUUAUAUCACAAAUCUAUUUCAUAAUAAUACCUACAGAGAUUUUUAAAUUUAAUAAAGUAUACAUAUCGCAUUGCUUUAUAAAUUCAGAUCUGAAUUAAUUGCAAAGAAUAAACUCAAAGUCACAUUUUGAGCGUAGUUUUUUCAGCAAUUCUAAUUGCAGCAGUAUAUUAGUUAUACUAUAAUAAAAUAUCAAUACUUUCGUUUAGUAAUUGAAGGUAUUUAUUUGACAAAAAAUAUAUUAACAAAUUUCGUAGCCGUUAAUCAUGGAUAAUAAAAAAUAUAUUUUUCGCCUUGGCUACAUUAUCGCUCUACUCUCGAAAACUUUAUCAGAAAUCAAUGUAACAUAAAUCUACCUGCCUAGUUUAGACCAACUAGGCAGGUAGAUGUAUGUGACUAGCUUUUAAGUCUGAUUGAUCCUGCGCCUGUACUCUUUCCGAGCGUUUCGGAUUCGGAAAGUGAAGUAGUAGAAAGUGCACUUGUUAGAUGCUAAUUUGCGCAAAUACUUAUGCCUCAGUAUGUCAUGUGCAAUAGCCGAUGUGUGUCAUUGGCAAUCAUCAUCAAAAGACCCUUUUAAAGAAAACCUGUGUCCAACACAAAUACGUUAAAACUAGAUACGAAUCAUCGACUACUUGCGCAAAACCGUCCUUGUCAAUAAUCCAGAACUUAAAUCGUAUAAGGUAUUAUUUCUAUUUACCAUUAAACUAUGCCAUAACGACAAACAAGCGACAGCUCAGCUCAGACGUGCUCUACCAUUUACUAAUUUAGAAAUCGGUGUUGGACAAUAUGUUAAAUCGCCAAAAUAAUUCAUUUUGCAUAAUUCCUCUUUUCUUGCCAUCCCAAACUUCAAAAUCAUAAAGUAAAAACGUAAUACGUAUAACUAAAUAGUAUUUUUUAACACUGUUUGGCUUUCCUUGGAUAGUAACAUAUAUAUAAACGAGGUGUACCUGCAUAUAUUACCAAAUACAUAUAUUAUGUAUAAUAGUAAUUUUCAUUGCAAUAAUGGUUGUGAUAAUAAAUCAUGUAAAUGUCGUUGUUAGCAAUGACAUCAGAAUUUUAAUUUGACGCAACGAAACUCCGCGCUCAUGAAACCAAAUGAUCACUUUAGAAUAAGGCAACAACUCAGCUAGCGAUUUGACAACUGCCAUAUUGUAAGGAUUUAGCUGUAAUUGCGUUUUAGGUGUAAUAAUAAUAGUUGUAAAUGAUAUUUUAAGUUGAAGUCAUAAUGUAGUAUUUAAUAAUUUUAAGUACAAUGAAAUUGCAUUACCUACAAAGAGGUAAAUUCAUUUUACUGAUACUAAAUUUAAACAAAAUAAUCAAGAAUUUACCAAAUUACGCCUUUCUUAGAAAUUUAUCUGUUCCUGUAUUUGUUUUUCUCGAUUAAUAUCAAUAUACUUUUAACAUUGGAAAAUCUGCGGACGAUCCAACCUUGAUCUUUUCCACUCAAUACGUAUAUGAGAACACUAUAUUGAAUCUAAUUUACUUUCCUUUUUCGAAUACAAAUGAUGCUCGGCAUAACUUAUAGAGCGGCUACACUAGAUUUAAAAGAAAUACACACUCGAGGGAUUUUCAUUUUUCAUAAUAAUAGUAGUCCAAUCUCCCACAUUUAUCAAAAAAUAAUUUGACGAUUAACUUUUCUAAAUCCCUAUACCAAGUGGUGCUUGAUAUACUUGCUUGGUUAUUUAAAAUGCAGAUCUCAAUUUAUUUUGAAGCUAUUAGAUUUAUGUACAUACAAUAUAUAUUAGUUCUAUUUUUUUCUAAAUAAAUAAAAAAGUAUUUUUAAUUAAUUUAGAUAAAGACAAUUUUAUUUUUUUUCUAAGCUAUAUGUAAAUAAAUUUACGUACCUAUUAAUUUAUUUAGCCAAAAUUUUGCUCAAUAUUGUAUACACUCAACACCAAAGUCAUAAUAAUAAAAAAUACUUAUACUAUCACGUCAGUACAAAGAACGCAUAAUUACACCGAAAUAUUAACUUGUUUCGAUACUUCACGUCAUGUGCUAACAAUAAUAAUUUGUUUUGUAUAUGGAAAAACAUGAUACACGCUAUUACAUUAAUCUAGUAAAAAAGUAGGGGUUAUAAUAUUAAGUAAAUAGAUUUUUCAUCACAGAAAGCGGCAUUCAAAUUCCUACACUGUCAACUCGUACGUCAGUGUUGGGGUGACGAGCCCUAGUCCCAUCUAAGUCUAUGUUUCGUAAUGUUUUUCCUUUGAACUGGAUUGCGUGUUAAUGGUUUUUUAUUAUAUAAAAGAGUGUAUUUAAAUUAUUUCUAAGUAAUUUAAUUUUGUUUACGAUGUGCUAAGAAGUAUAUUUAUCACUAUAUUUUGCAUCCGUCUAUAUUAAACACUUUAAAUUUAAGUUAUAGAUAAUAUUAUUUUAUUACAGCCCCAUAUUGUACUUAGUGAAUUACCUUUUUAUGAAAUACAAAAUAAGUUGUUUUAUUACAAAUUUGCUAUAAAUUUCGAUAUCGUUUGAUCCAUAUAAGUUUAUAUAAUAUGGACUAGCUAUUUCAGAAUAUUGCGAUCUUGAACUUAAAAGUUUGCAUUGACUUUUAAAACAUUUAUCCAUUUAUUUUAUAUUUCACGUUUUGUAAUCUUUUAAGCCAUCGGUAAAUAAUCUCAAGUUUAUAGAAUGGUUUAUCUCUUCAAUUUACAAUGUAAAUAUUGAGUGUACUGAAUACCAUCGGUUACGCUGAAUAUAUUCUUGUCCUUAUCAGUGUUCGAACGUACCUUUAUAUCGACGGGAGUAGGUUUAGCAAUAUAAUUCGCCAUUUUAGAAUAGCUUAUUGACUUACAUUGUAUUAAUAGAAAGUGUGGAUAAACUAUUUAUGGUACCGGUCUCAAUUAAUUGUGUUUUAACUGUAUACCGAAAUUAUUAUGAUAAUAAAACCUAAUUAGGUUAUAUGGGUUGCAUAUUAUAUAGAAUAAUGGCAAUAUUAUUUCGUUAUACCCUUUGCUAUAAAUAUGUAGUUAUUUUAUAUGAUUAAGUUCUAAUUAUAAUUCAAACUUACAUGUAUGUGUAUGUUUAAAUAUUAAAAAUGCUUAUGUAUAUUUCAAAAACACCAAUAAAUAAUAUUUUAUGUGGGCAAUAAAAUUUUACGAAAAUAUGUCUCCUGAAAAGUUCAUACUUUAAGCACUUUCUGUAAAAAAAUGUAUUUUGGACAUGAGGACCAUACGCAUUAGUUAAUUUAACGACAGACCAUACUACUGGUAAAAUGUUUCUAUAAAACUAUGAUUACUACUGUUUCUUAACACUAAGACUAUGCGAUGGUGUUCUGCCAUUCCAGCAUGAUACUAAAGGGAUCUAUUUGUUUUACAUUUGUAUAUCAAUGUGUUUAAUUUAUUUUGAUUGCUGUUUUUUUUUCGAUCACGAGUAACUCCAGGUUUAUCAAUUAUAUUUAGUUCAAUGCCUCUGCCUUGGUGAUAUGCACAUUUCUCUCAAUGCUAGCAUAUCGUCGACACAUCGGUUUCAAGGUUACCAUUAGUUUUAAGGAUAUAAUGUUAUGAUCAAUCAAAGGGUAUUUGUUUGAGAUGUUAUACUUCGUACGGAUAUGUAGGCAUAUUUCCACGUUGUCAAUAUCACAGCAGUUUUUACCGAUACUGUCAGCUUCUAUAUCUAGAUUAAUAUAUUUUUGAUUGUUUAUCAAUUGCGCAUAUAAAUCAAUAAUACAUAAAUAUAUUUAUAAAUAUCAUGUAACACAUAAAAUUAAAGGAAAUAAGGAAAGGUAGAAACUAGCUGGCAGUUGAUCUACUGUGAUAUUAAUAAUUCUAUUUAUUAAUCUUCUAGAUUAUUAUUUAUAACUUAAUGUUGAAUGUGAGCGUGUAUAUUUACAGAGAUCGUGUUAGUUUAAGGCAAUGUUAUUUUAUACUGUACCUAAUGCGAAGGUCCAGAAUGUGUUCCAAAUUAUUGAUUUUAGAAGUAUAGAUAUUAUAUUGAAAUGUUUUUGUUAAUAAUUCUUAAUUAAAUUGUUUAUGAAGUUUCGUAUAAAUAUUGUAAUAAAAAUAAUAAGAAGCGUAAAUAUUAUGAUUGUGUACAUCACAUAUAUAAACGUUUUGUAAACUUAUCAAAUAGUGCGCUCAGAGCUCUCUAUAAAGCUAAAAUUGAUGCAAAUGUUAUUUUGUUUGGUUGUAUUGUGUAUUCCAUCUGCAUCACUUGACUGUGAGACAUUAGGUACCUACUCAUGAAAAUAAAUGUAACGCAGUUUAAAAGGAAAUUUAAUGGAAGUGCCAAUCUUCCAUGAAUAGACUAAUAUGUCUAAAUUAUUAUACCUCAAUUAAUUUUAGAAUAAAUUUAUGUCUUGAAAAAAAUAUAUAACAGUUAUUAGUACCUCUGUGGCAUUAUUUCGCAAUCCUGCAAUAAUCACUUUCCGAUAUCUUAAGAAUCUGCAAAAUUAACUUAUUCUAUAUAUUUUUCAAUAUUUAUGUACCUUAACAUAAAACUUGACGAUUACCUAAUUCUGCGAUUGAAUAUAUUGUAUGGAACAACUCUUGACCUUAU